AUGGCGACUAUCAUGGGCGGCGAAAGCAACCACAACCGCGCGGUUGUAUACACGGAGCCCGGCACCACCCAAACGGAGGUCGUAGAACUACCGAUCCCGGAGCCUGGCCCCGGGGAGGUUUUGGUUCGGCUACAAUACUCUGGUGUCUGUCAUACCGAUUACGGCUUUUGCAUGAAUGCAUUCUCAUCGGUCCCAUUUCCUACACCAAAAGGUCAAGUUGGUGGCCAUGAGGGUACGUCAAAAACUCCACGUCGACUUUCGAGUCUUCCAUCACACCCCCGAUUGAGUUCAAUUGUCACUAAUGUUCUCCCAGGAGUCGGCGAGGUUGUCGCCGUAGGCACAGGCGUCACAUCACCUGCAAUCGGUGAUAGGGUGGGAAUCAAAUACGCGGCAGAUGCAUGUCUCAACUGCGAUCGAUGUCUUCAAGGCGGCGAAUCAUCAUGCGCACAGGUUAAACUCUCUGGCUACUUCACCCCCGGCACAUUCCAACAGUACUGCAUAUCGACGGCACGAUACGUCACUCCCAUCCCCGCAGGCCUCGACUCAGCAGAGGCCGCCCCUCUCAUGUGCGGCGGCAUCAGCGUCUACACAGCCCUCAAGCGCGCAGACGCCCGUCAUGGCGACUGGGUUGUCAUCGUGGGAGCCGGCGGGGGCCUCGGUCAUCUCGCUAUCCAGUACGCCCACGUGAUUGGGUGCCGCGUCUUGGCCAUGGAUAUCGGCAGCAAGGAGAACUUCUGCCGCGACCUUGGGGCGACGGAAUUCGUUGACUUCACGGCCUACCCCAGCGACGAGGACCUCACGGCAGCGAUUAAGAAAAUUACGGGCGGAGGGGCGAGAAUCGUGCUCAUGUGCUCGUCUAACAAGAAGGCCUACGUGCAGUCUCCAAAGUGGCUCGGGUUCAGGGGCAAGCUUGUGUGCUUGGGUGUUCCCGAGAACAGCAGCCCGGCGAUCGCGGACGUCGAACCCAUGCUUGUGGACGAGUUGACUAUUUUUGGUGUCAAGACUGGUAACAGACUGGAAGCCAAGGAAUGUCUGGAGAUCGCAGCACAAGGCAACAUCAAAACUCACUUCCAACUGCGACGAAUGAGAAGCUUGACGAAGAUUUUCAAUGAGAUGGAAUCUGGGGGUAUCCAAGGACGUGUCGUGAUUGACUUGAAGUAG